CUGGUGAGCCCUUGGGGCUGAGGUUCUGCUGCUGGCAGAGGGAAGUGUGGGGUCAGCAUGGGGCAAUGUCUGAGGUACCAGAUGCACUGGGAGGACCUGGAAGAGUACCAGGCCCUGACCUUCCUGACCAGAAAUGAAAUCCUGUGCAUCCAUGACACCUUCCUGAAGCUCUGCCCCCCUGGGAAGUACUACAAGGAGGCGACACUGACCACGGACCAGGUCAGCUCCCUGCCGGCCCUGAGGGUCAACCCUUUCAGAGAUCGCAUCUGUAGGGUGUUCUCCCACGAUGAUGUGUUCUCCUUUGAGGAUGUGCUGGGCAUGGCAUCAGUGUUCAGUGAGCAGGCCUGCCCCAGCCUGAAGAUUGAAUAUGCCUUUCGUAUCUACGACUUUAAUGAGAACGGCUUCAUCGACGAGGAGGACCUGCAGAGGAUCAUCCUGCGACUGCUCAGCAGUGACGAUGUGUCUGAGGACCUGCUGAUGGAUCUCACGAACCAUGUGCUGAGCGAGUCGGAUCUGGACAAUGACAACAUGCUGUCCUUCUCAGAGUUUGAGCACGCCAUGGCCAAGUCUCCAGAUUUCAUGAACUCGUUUCGGGUUCACUUCUGGGGAUGCUGACAUGACCGCCAACUCCUGAUAUGACAGCCUCGAGGGAGCCCACUGGACGGGAGGAUGUGAUCAGAAGCACGACGUUGUCUCCGGCCUCCCUCACCUCUAGAAUGUUGUUUGCUAAAUAAAGUCAAAGAAAAGCCUUUUCCUGAGCCCACCGGGGCAUUGCUUUUGGAAUAAAGGAUC